GUCUCCACCCGGACUCCGCCAUGUUGGGUCUUGUGGGGCGUGUGGCCUCGGCCUCGGCCUCCGGGGCCUUGCGGGGACUCAGCCCUUCGGCGGCGCUGCCACCUGCCCAGCUUCUACUGCGAGCCGCUCCCGCCGGGGUCCAUCCUGCCAGAGACUAUGCGGCGCAGGCGUCUGCGGCCCCGAAGGCAGGCACCGCCACCGGGCGAAUCGUGGCAGUCAUUGGCGCCGUGGUGGACGUCCAGUUCGAUGAGGGAUUACCACCUAUCCUAAAUGCCCUGGAAGUGCAAGGCAGGGACAGCAGACUGGUUUUGGAGGUGGCCCAGCAUUUAGGGGAGAGCACGGUCAGAACAAUUGCUAUGGAUGGCACUGAAGGCUUGGUUAGGGGCCAGAAAGUACUGGAUUCGGGGGCACCCAUCAAAAUUCCUGUUGGUCCUGAGACCUUGGGCAGAAUCAUGAAUGUCAUUGGAGAACCUAUUGAUGAGAGAGGUCCUAUCAAAACCAAACAAUUCGCUCCUAUUCAUGCCGAGGCUCCUGAGUUCAUAGAGAUGAGUGUUGAACAGGAAAUUCUGGUGACUGGCAUAAAGGUUGUGGAUCUGCUGGCACCAUACGCCAAGGGUGGGAAAAUUGGACUCUUCGGAGGUGCUGGUGUUGGAAAGACUGUGCUGAUCAUGGAGUUAAUCAACAAUGUUGCUAAAGCCCAUGGUGGUUACUCCGUGUUUGCUGGUGUUGGUGAGAGGACCCGUGAGGGCAAUGAUUUAUACCAUGAAAUGAUUGAAUCUGGUGUUAUCAACCUAAAAGAUGCCACUUCCAAGGUAGCGUUGGUAUAUGGGCAGAUGAACGAACCACCUGGUGCUCGAGCCCGGGUAGCUCUGACUGGUCUGACCGUUGCUGAAUACUUCAGAGACCAGGAAGGCCAGGAUGUCCUGCUGUUUAUUGACAACAUCUUCCGCUUCACCCAGGCUGGCUCCGAGGUAUCUGCCUUAUUGGGCAGAAUCCCUUCUGCUGUAGGCUACCAGCCCACCCUAGCCACUGACAUGGGUACAAUGCAGGAAAGGAUCACCACCACCAAGAAGGGAUCCAUCACUUCCGUGCAGGCUAUCUAUGUGCCUGCUGAUGACCUGACUGACCCCGCCCCUGCAACUACCUUCGCCCAUUUGGAUGCUACCACUGUGCUGUCCCGUGCUAUUGCUGAGUUGGGCAUCUAUCCAGCUGUGGAUCCACUGGACUCCACCUCUCGAAUUAUGGACCCCAACAUUGUUGGCAGUGAGCACUAUGAUGUUGCCCGAGGGGUGCAGAAAAUCCUGCAGGACUACAAGUCUCUCCAGGACAUCAUUGCCAUCUUGGGUAUGGAUGAACUUUCUGAGGAAGAUAAACUGACUGUGUCCCGGGCAAGGAAGAUACAGCGCUUCUUGUCUCAGCCAUUCCAGGUCGCUGAGGUCUUCACAGGUCACAUGGGAAAGCUGGUGCCCCUGAAGGAGACCAUUAAAGGAUUCCAGCAAAUUUUAGCAGGUGACUAUGACCACCUCCCAGAACAAGCCUUCUACAUGGUGGGACCCAUUGAAGAAGCUGUGGCAAAAGCUGACAAGCUGGCAGAAGAGCAUGGGUCGUGAGUGGCCCUUUAGCCAAACUCCGCACUCUGCACUGACCUCUCCAUGCUGAGAGCUCAGUUUUCCAUGUAGGCCACACAGAGCCUUGAUUGAAGAUGUGAUGUUCUCUCUGAAGAGUAUUUAAAGUUUUCAAUAAAGUAUAUACCCCUCA